AUGGGGAAAAUUGCUAAGAGGAGGGAACUUGUUAAUAAAUGGAAUGGUUUGAUUUGCCCUAAAAUGGAGUCCAAGUUGCAUGAUGGUUUUAAUACUUCGAGGCCAUGGAUUGUUAGUUCAUCUAGAAAUGAUGUCUAUGAGGUGCAUUCGCAUCCAUCUGUUUCAGUUGACAUUAGUAGACGAAUAUGUUCUUGUGGCGCGUGGCAGUUGAAAGGGUUUUCCUGUGCACAUGCAGUUGGUGCUAUACAAAAGAGUGGACAUGAUUUGAGUUUAUUUGUUGAUCAAUACUUCUAUGUUCAAAGUUAUCGAGAGUUCUAUUCUUUUCCCAUAUAUCCUGUUCCUUCAAUUUGGAAACCAGAUUGGAAUGUUGAUGGUGAUAGUGAUGUUGUUCUUCCUCCUUUGUCUAAGAAGCAACCAGGAAGGCCAAAUAAAAAGAGGAUUCGUUCCAAUGGACAGAAAUUUGAAGGUGGAAUUGUUGAAUUUCGUAAUGCAUUGUCGAAGUUUUCUAUUGAGUGUGGAUUUGAGUUCAUAUUUGUUAAGAAUGAUAAAGUUCGUGUUACUGCACAAUGUUUGUUUAGAGAGACAAAAUGUUGUAUGUGGAAUGUUCAUGGUAGAGUGGAGAAUGCUAAUGGGUUCUUUUAUAUAAGGAAGUUGAACAAUGUCCACAUAUGUGGUGCUGAAGUACGUACGAUGACUCAUUCUCGUAUGAGUUCUGAUUUAGUUGCUGAUUUGAUUGUUGAAAGUGUUCGUGAUAAUCCAUUGACACGUCCAGUUCAUGUUGUUCGGGAUUUUAAGUUGGGAUGGUAUGUGGAUGUUCCAAAGAGUUGCAAUCUAGGGAGUUACAUUGAGUUUGAGUGUGAUGAUGAUACUAAACGGUUUAAGAGAUUAUUUCUUUCUUUUCAUGGUUCCAUUAGUGGAUUUGAUUAUUGUCGACCUCUCUUAUUCCUUGAUGGCACAUUUUUGAAGGGAAGAUUUAGAGGAAAUUUACUUGCUGCUACAGGAAAAGAUGGAAAUCAAGGGUUCUUUCCUGUUUGUUUUGUAGUUGUUGGCUCAGAGAAUCAAGAUAAUUGGCGCUGGUUUUUAGAGCAUUUGAGUAGAAUUGUUUCACCAGAACGAAAUGUUAUAUUUGUGUCAGAUCGUAACCUUGGAUUAGUUGAAGUGUUACCAAAGGCUAAAGGUGGGUUAAGAGUUGAGAAGUUUUUAGAUGACAUACUAUAUGAUCAUUGGAGUAAUGCAUACUUUCGAGGGAAACGCUUUGGAGAGAUGUGGUCAAAUGUAGCUGAAUCUUUCAAUUCGUGGAUACGAGAGGAACGCCACUUGCCUAUCACAAAGUUGAUUGAUAGUGUAAGAAUUAAGUUGAUGAGGAAAAUUGCUAAGAGGAGGGAACUUGUUAAUAAAUGGAAUGGUUUGAUUUGCCCUAAAAUGGAGUCCAAGUUGCAUGAUGGUUUUAAUACUUCGAGGCCAUGGAUUGUUAGUUCAUCUAGAAAUGAUGUCUAUGAGGUGCAUUCGCAUCCAUCUGUUUCAGUUGACAUUAGUAGACGAAUAUAUUCUUGUGGCGAGUGGCAGUUGAAAGGGUUUUCCUGUGCACAUGCAGUUGGUGCUGUACAAAAGAGUGGACAUGAUUUGAGUUUAUUUGUUGAUCAAUACUUCUAUGUUCAAAGUUAUCGAGAGUGCUACUCUUUUCCCAUAUAUCCUGUUCCUUCAAUUUGGAAACCAGAUUGCAAUGUUGAUGGUGAUAGUGAAGUUGUUCUUCCUCAUUUGUCUAAGAAGCAACCAGGAAGGCCAAAUAAGAAGAGGAUUCGUUCAAAUGGUGAGAAAGUGAGACAAAUUACUUGUAGUAGAUGUGGGAAGGUUGGCAAUCACAAUAAGAAAUCAUGUAAAGAGGCUUUGUGA